CCUAGACAGCUGUUUUGUGUCUCUCUGUAGGCUGUCUGGCUGUCUGGUCACAGGGGAGGGCUGUGCUGCUCUGUCUUCAGCUCUGAGGUCAAACCCCUCCCACCUGAAAGAGCUGGACCUGAGCUACAAUCACCCAGGAGACUCUGCAGGGGAACUGCUUUCAGCUGCUCUGGUGGAUKCCACAUAUAAACUGAUGAAGCUGAAUGUGGAUCAUGGUGGAGAGUGCAGGCUGAWAUCAGGGCUGAGGAAAUAUGCCUGUCAUCUCACCCUGGACCCAAAUACAGCAAACCCAAACCUGAUACUGUCUGAGGGGAACAGGAAGGUGACAUGGGUGGAAGAGAAGCAGCAUUAUGAAGACCCUCCAGACAGAUUUGACUGUCAUCCCCAAGUUCUCUGCAGAGAAGGCUUAUCUGGAUGUCGUUAUUACUGGGAGGUGGAGAUGGAUGGUGACAUGGCUGACAUUGGUGUGGUGUACAAAGGAAUAAACAGGAAGGGAGAUGAGGAUGACAGUAGAAUUGGAGCCAAUAGGAAGUCCUGGAGUUUAUACUGCUAUGAUAGUGGUUAUUUAUUUUGCCAAGCUGGAGUCAACAGAUCCAUCUCUGGUCCUGUUCCUAACAGAGUUGGAGUGUUUCUGGACUGGUCAGCUGGUACUUUGUCCUUCUAUAUUGUGUCCUCCUCUGGUACACUGACACACCUUUACACAGAACACACCACAUUCACUGAACCCCUCUAUCCUGGAUUUGAGGUUUCCUCCUCAGUGACCCUGUGUCAGAUAGAUGACCAACACAUUCAGAGAGACCAUGGUGGAGAGAGUUGUAUCAAGUCUGGACCUGAGGACACCAGAGACCCCGGUGGAGAGUGUUGGAUCAAGUCUGGACCUGAGAAAUGGAUUCCUCAGAGCUGUAAGACUUGUGACCAUGUUGAGGACUCCACACACUGGCUUCAGAUUGAACCCUUGACUUCCACUGUCCAGGGAGUGACAAUGUUCAGACACAGGACACCCAAAGGGAGUUAUGAGUGCACAGUGUCUGGGCUCCGCUGGCUGUGUGAGAGAGAUGUCAUUCUGAAGUAUCACUUCAGGAACUGGGAACCCUACAGUCAACUUCUGAAAGACAUGCAGUACACACAAGGUGGUCCAUUGCUGGACAUCACUAUGGAGUUAGGUGAACUGGAGGAAGUUAAUCUGCCACACUUUGUCUGUUUAGGGACCAACCCUUCCCUAAGGAAUGAGAUGAAGAUUCUUCAUGUAGAGGAACAUGGAGUGUCUUUAGAGGAAGUGCAUGAGGUCACCAGAUUCCAUGCUAAGAUUCUCCAUCCCAAGUUCUCAACUAUCUCUGUUAUACUGAGCUAUAUCUUUUCUUGGAACAUAGAUGUCCACUGUGACGUGGUCCUCUAUUUGGCAGUAAAAAGGUCAACAGUAAUUUCACGGCUGUACCUGCUCCUCAGAAACUCCAGUCAGAAAGAGGCUGUUCAGGAACGGGAGAAAAAUCAGCUGUCCCAAGGAUAUUCAGAAUUGGUCCUGUCAAGUCCAAACGGGUCCUUAAAGCUGAACAGUUGGUUUGCACUCAAGAAUCCCCACUCCACUUCCAUCAAUCCAGAGAAGAUUCAGCUGUUACGUCAGACACCACACCAAGCUGUUGUAAGAUGA